AUGGUGGAAUCGGGUUUUGCACACCGCGCCUGCCGCAAAUGUCAUUCACGCAAGAUCAGAUGCGAUCGUCGGCUCCCAAUUUGCCGUUCCUGCGCAGAGAACUCACGAACAUGCACCUAUGAGCCGCCAUCGCAGCCGUCCGCCUCUCGUCGUCAUCGGCCUGAACAGAGGACUUCUUCAGUAUUGCCAUCGCCAGAAUCCACCGCCGAAGCUACGGCGGUGGCCGACCCAGAGGAGGUAGCAAUCGACCGCUUUGCCGAGACAACGAUAAGUUUUCUUGACGAGGACGCAUUUCGUCGGAGCUUGUUGCCGUUGUCAAACAUUCCACCGGACCAUGAGAUACCGGAGUACGUACGAGUCUUGGUCAACGGCCAUGAGGCAAUGCGAACCAUCGCCAAAGCAUUCUUCGACCAUACCUCUUCUUGGCUACCAAUCUUGUCCCAGGCAAGAUUCUUUGACAGUGCUCUGACAGUGUUCCGGCAGCCGUCGAUUGAAACUUAUUUCGUAUGUUUGUGUAUGUCUCUCCACACAGAGCCGCUCGACGACGACACGAAUGCCCGAGACACUACAAGAUAUCGGGCUGUCUGGAAGCUGUUUGAUGAGCUGCAGAUGGUGCCAGCGCAUUCUGCCAUGGCGCUGUCUGUGAUUCAAGGUCGUAUAUUGAUGCUCGCUUACGAGAUUGGCCACGGCAUAUUCCCGAACGCAUUCAUGGGCAUAUCAAGUUGUGUGCAGCUGGCCACCGUCCGGGGUCUCAAAUUUGACGACUUGGGGUUGCUCGAGGAUCAGCAACAAACGUUGAACAUGUCUUUCGCUCGGGAAGAAGAGAAACGGUCGUGGUGGGCUAUUUACGUUUUGGAGAGAAUUGCAAAUUUCGGACGAAUCCAGCCUCGCACGUUGGUACCAGAGCCUUCGCUAUCUACCCUACUUCCAAGCAAAGACCAAGAGUGGCGGGACGGUCGUGUGCGAUACAGUGGCAAUGUCCUUGGAAGGCCCUCAAGUGAUGUCGGCGGUUUCGCUGGCAACGCACGAGCGGCGUAUCUCCUGAGCUGUGUCUACAUUUACAAUGCAGAUCGAGAAAAGACAAAACCCCAUGAAGAGGACGAAGACUGUCGCAUCCAGCUGGUAAACACCAUUCAUGCUCAGCUCGAGGUCAUCAAGUCGCUCUCCGAAGCUAGCACGCCCAUCGAGUGCACAAGCUCAGCAAUCUGCCAUUGCGCCCUCAUCGUGCUAAGCAGGUCGCGAGACCUCGACGAUGAACUCUUAGAGCCUCACGAAAAGAUAAACGCGAGAAAACGUGUUCUUGGCUGGACCUCAGCAGGAGCUAAGCGAUGUCGUACCAAUGUGGGCGGAGCAGCAGCAGCCGCCGCUGCAUCACAAAUUUUACGAGCAGUGAUGGUCUUCCUCGCCUUCUAUACCGUCUGGCGCCAGCGUCAAGAAAUGCCACCUUACAGUGAUGAUCCGGACUUACUCAGUAGCGUGGAGUGGGAAACCGCGAUAAAAGCCUUUUACAACGGCCUGGAAGCGACUGAUGGCAUGUACACCGGUCUGCCAGUUGGACAUAUCAGGCUUUUGACCAUCCAGCCAGGCGAGCAAGGAGAUGCGAUUCGCUGCGAGACUGCCGAGCAUCCACUUCGCAAAGACUUAGAGUACUCAGCACUGUCUUACAAAUGGGGCUCGCCACCAGAGUCACACUCGAUCUUCCUAAACGGACACCGAUUCCCUGUUCGAAAGAACCUAUGGCGGUUCCUCCAUCAAGCCAGAAGUCGAGCAUGCUCUACUCUAGCUGGUAGCCUGUGGAUCGAUGCAAUAUGCAUCGACCAGAGCAACGACCAGGAGCGGGCCCGACAGGUGCACAUGAUGCCAUGGAUCUAUCGGAUGGCCGAGCAGGUGGUCAUCUGGCUAGGUCCUGCGUAUGAGUCCAGCGACGCCGCGAUGGAUAUGUUCGCGAAAAGACCACCGGAGGGGCGCAAGGGGAACCUUUCAAGUCUCGUGGGGAAGAAUGCCGGCAUCCCUAUCGGGCUGUUGUGUGGAAGACCAUACUGGAGACGCCUUUGGGUGUUCCAAGAGGUCACGUUGGCUCGAAAGGUCUCCUUGAUGUGCGGCAAUCGGCUAGUUGCGGGGGAAUCAUUCCGCCGAGUUCUCAGCCCGAUCGAAGACUAUAAGGAGAUGGUGCAUUGUGGACUGGCGCAACCUCUACGAGCGGCUGACAGCAACGAAUACCGAUUGAUUGAGGACAGCCCUGCCUUGUCUCUCCUAUCUCAACGUCACACUCGGAAAGACCGGUUGCUACUAUACGAACUGAUUCAAAGCACCCGUCACUUACGAUGCGCAGAGCCUCGCGAUAGAGUCUAUGCCUUGCUUGGUGUAGCCACCGACAGCUGCGGAGGCAUUCGUGUGGACUACACCAUUCCUCUGGUAGCUCUGAUCAAUAAUGUUCUGCGGAGUCAGUGGGAGUUGCAACCGCCGGGUCGGAUCGACCAUGUCCAAAGAGAGUAUCUCGAACUCUUGCACAUCUUCGGCCUCAGUUACUCUUCUGCUUCUGAUCUUGCCGACGGGCAUGGACGGUUCCCUUGUCCAAGCUUGGACGACAGAAGACGGCUUCUGCUAGUUCCUACUGGAACUUUUCUUACUCUUUGGUGGGCUGAGUUUUAUGGCCAUGAAACGGCGGCACUGCUCAUCCUUGAACUACUUGACUGGGAUGAGUGCCUAGCAAGUGCAAAAGCCCAAGGGAAUGAAGCAGCCAUAAGGCUGCUACUCUCCGCCGCUGCGCGUUCAAGCCGGAACGAAAAAUAA